ACACUAUCGCAGAUUCGAUCUUGGGCUUACGACAGAACGGAUAAAGCCGCGCCAUAAUAAUGCCUCGACUCCAUCCCGAUGACACACCCGGGACGCACACGAACAGCCAUACGCGCCCCAUCCCUGCAGCUUCUUCCUCCGCCCUGCUUGGCGCCCGUCGCCCGUCCUGGAUCGGGCCGCAGCCGGGGUCGAUGAUGGCCGCCAUGUCCACCAACAACAGUGCGUCUGAUGCGCUCCUGCUCGCAGCGCGCCGUCCCAGCUGGCCGAACGGGAUAUUGGAGCUGGACAUGCCGCCGCCCGGCCGCAGGAGGAAAAUCGCUUAUGACCCCGAAGAGCACUAUGGCGAUGCGGAAGGCGACGACGACCUCGCUGACAGGGCGUACGGCAGCGGUAGCGGUAGCGGCAGUGGCGGGCACUUGUUCGUUGAUGGUGAAAGCUCGGAGGAGGGAAUGGGAAACAACUUUGGCGCUGCGCUGCAGAUUAACAUGCAGAAACUGGUUGGAGACGCUGUCGGCAAUAUGUCCAUAUCCCCAACGUCGCGUGACGUCGUACUAGCUGCGCGUCGCGGUUUGUUCAUCAUUGACUUACACUACCCUUUCGAAGUCCCGCGUUUUCUGCCGCAGGGUGGGACGUGGGACGUGGCCGAUGUGCAAUGGAACCCACACGUCAGUCGUUCUCAGUAUGUUGUCAGCACUAGUGCAGAGAAACUCUUGAUCUGGAAUCUCCUACUUCCAUACUCAUCGACAGCAAGCCGCACUGGGGGAUCCUCUUCUCCUAUCCCAUCAAGCGCUUCGUCACCUUCAGCCAUUCAACAUGUCCUGCAUCAGCACUACCGCGCCAUCACCGACAUAAAUUGGCACCCAGCAGAACCCGACAUCGUAGUGAGCACCAGCAUCGACGCGUGGGUCUGGGGGUGGGAUUUGCGUGACACGCGGAAACCGAUCUGGGGUCUCAGCGCCUUUGGCGCGGGUGGAACACAAGUCAAGUGGAACCGACAAGAUCCAGACGUUCUUGCCUCGAGCCAUGGGGGGGAAACUCUCAUUUGGGACCGAAGGAAAGGCUCGAUGCCAAUCACACAUCUACGCGCCCACCGAUCGAAAAUCUACGGAAUAGACUGGAGCCCAACUCGUCGACAGGAGCUUGUAACAUGUGCGCUGGAUGGUGAAAUCAAGGUCUGGGACAUCGAUCAAGUCUCCGAGACCGUGCUAUCGAACUCCAACUCUUCGGAAUUCACAGCUCAGCCUCAUCCACACAGUUCGCCACUAAUCAGAACAUCAAGCAUGUUGCACACGCCGUUGCGCACCAUCCAGACUGCAUACCCCGUCUGGCGAGCGAGACACCUUCCAUUUGGCCGGGGUGUGCUCAGUUUGCCACAGCGCGGCAGUACUGGACUAGAGAUGUAUGCGUUGGGAGAGUGGGGUCAAGGUGCGGGGCCGAGGACAGAACUCGCUGAAGACGUGCUGCCAGUGGAAGUCUUUGAAGGACAUACGGAUGUGGUGAAGGAGUUCGUUUGGAGACGGGGAACCGACACAGAUGGCGACGCAUUCCAAUUGAUCACUUGGUCAAAAGACAGAACGCUCCGGCUGUGGCCUGUCGAUGCCGAGAUGAUGGAGAAAGUAGGCUAUCAGCGUCCGGAGGAGGAACGCGAAGCAGCUCUCGAGCCUCCGAGCUUCUCGUUCAGAAACCCUCCAGUCGCCGAUCUCUCAGCGGAAAGCAGCAGCACGUUCAGCGGAAGCACACUCGGUCCUCCCCCAUCUCCAGCAUUAUUCUCAGCUCCGAUCAGUCACGGCGGUGCGCGAGGGAUCCUAGCUGGGGUCCUCGCAGGUGGUCCAACCGGCCGCAAAGACCGGAGCAGACGUUCCUCCCCGGCGACACCCCGCCGCCGACCUGCUACCUCCCGGAUGACACCGGGCGGCCGGAAAGUCGGAGGGCUGGACGCCUUGUCCUGGUUGCAGAACGUCAAGGAGGUCAAGGACACGUUUGGAGGCUUUGGGCCUGGCCGGACCGACCGGAGCAGCUCGGGCGGUGCUGCGAGCAGUGGGCUGGGCAGCGAGCUCGCCGAUGUGCAUGAUGAAGAAAAUGAGAGUCUGGCUCGGAACCGCAGCGACAGUCGGGGGAGGACUGGGGAGUUCGAGGCGCAUAGCUUGCAGGAUGAGCUGACGUCGGUCAUCAACAAGCUACCUCUCGCGAAAAUCAAGCUGGAGAAACACGAUCUGAAGAAGCGGACGUGUACGCUGGGUCUGCUGGGGCCGUGGGGCGAAACUCCAUCCGUAUUCAUGCGGGUCACAUUCACGUUCCCCAAAGACUAUCCUCACGGCCGACAUCCCCAUGGCACACCCACCAUCGAGCUCGAACGAAACCCGCUCAUCUCGCUGAACAACCGGGCAUUCAUCCUCCGCCGACUGCGCACUAUACGGGAACGCCAGCGACCGUGCCUCGAGGCCUGUCUGCGGUUUCUCAGCGAGGGCGAGCGAUCUGGAGCAUAUACGCUCGACUCGGGGUCGGAGUCGGAAUCGGAGUUGGACGACGGGGCGAGGAAGAAACAGACGAUGACCCUCAUGCGCAGUCACAAGAACAUGGCAGAGCCGAGAACCUCACAAGGGACAUUCGGACCAAACGGCGAGCUGGUUUGUUUCUUCCGGUCGCCGCCACGGAUUGUGCAGCACGUGCUGCGGGAUAGUAAGUCCGUGUCGGCAGCAGAAUCCGAGGCUCCCGACAAUCUUGAUCUGGGCAGACCUGAGGAACCAGAGCGGAUGGCGUCGCCUACUUCUGCGCGGUCGCCAGCGCUCAUCGCCGAUGCCGUGCGGAGGCUGAAUCUGGCCGCGAAAGACCGUAUUGUCAAGCCGCUCGAGAUGGGUUCGACGCGCCAUGACGACGACCACAUCCUGCGGAUCAUGACGAACCUGCUCACGUUUUCGCACGACACGAGGGAAUCGGAGGCGGCGGGGUCUCGCCAGCGCGCAGAGGAGUCCGCAGCUGGGGCCUCUGCGCCUCGCAGGAGCACGGUGUUCAUCACGCCGACGUCACAUUUCGCUGGGGCCGAUCAAAAAGUGGCGGGUGGGUAUGUGUUUGAGGCAGAUUCUGUUGGGAGGUUGUGUGCGAAGAAUGCCGAGGUUGCGAAACAGGCGGGCAGAUACGACCAUGCGCGGAUGUUCGACACGUUGGGUGCGCUGUUUCCAGCAUUUGGGGACGGGCCUACCUUGCCAUCGACUUUGGCGGUCAAAGUCGUCGAUCGAUUACACGGGGAACUCUCAACGCAAAAGGACAUACAGAUGCUUGCGAUGUUGUCCAUGAUCGUGCUGCAAGGCUUCCGGCCACCUGCACCCAGUUCAGCUGUGAAAACACCUGCAUCACCUGGGGACUAUUUCUCCAGACUACCGACUCAGCAGCUGAAAACCCCAAUGACACCACCCACCUGGCCCCGGUCGCCGCCUGUACAGCUCUCCACGUCGGGAUCAUCGAGAGGCUCGUGGUCGAGUUUGUUCAACGCAGGCACCAUGCGUCAGUUCAUGUCUGGAGUGCAGGAAUCUCUCAGUGUCGGGACGCCCGCCGAGUCGCCGCCCGUCCUGAGCAAGUUGGAUAUGAGCAAAGUGACACCUCCCGAGAAUCCCCAUCCUUCGCCAGUGUUGUUGUCGAGACGAGGCGCCUGGCGCCGGGAUUCGGGAUCACAGUUGCCCACGGUCUCCAAGUCUUGGACGGAGGGCAGCAGCAGCAACACCACCGUGAAACUCGGUGUGUCGUUCUCGAGCGCCGGCAACCGGCCUUCCCGGCUGGGCACGCCGCGGGAUGUGAUCCAGGAGCACAAGGUCGUCGUCUUUGAGCCGGACGUUGUCUUUGAGCCCGAGGCAUGGUUUCCCGCGUCCCGGUUCACAGGCCACGUGCAGGUCUACGCGGAGAUCCUGUUCAGCUGGCAGAUGUACCACAAACGGCUCGAGCUCCUGCGCGCCGUCGGGGGCAGCGGCGGUGGUGCUGCGCUGCCGGACUCGCUCGGAUACAGCAUCGGGAUUCAGCGCAGGUGCAGCACGUGUGGCGAGAUCGUGCAGGAGGGAAAGAUGUCAUGCAGGAAUUGUGAUGCGCCGGCUGGUCCGCCCCGGUGCACAGUCUGUCGGCUGCCCGUCAAAGGGCUGUCGCGCUGUUGUUUGCGCUGUUGGCAUGUCACGCAUAUCACGUGUUGGCGCGAACUGGGCGUGCCCAUCUGUCCGCUGGGGUGUGGCUGUUUGUGUGAUGGGUCGCAGUAGCAGUAGUGCUCUCAUCGAGAUUUGUACAUCUGCAUAUAUGUACCAAAUCUAUGCACAACUGCUGGCUGGUCGAGUCGAACUGAAUCAGUUCAUUGCAGACGGUGUUUCGUGACCCUGUUUUCUCACUUUACGCCUAGCGCACUGUGCAGGCGGUGGACGAAUGGUCUGCUGGGUACUGCUUUGGCAGCCGCCGUCACCGAUUGCCUCCAGGCGCUUUUAUGUAAUGAAUUGCCGCUCCCUAUGGCGGAGUUGAUCCGGGCCCCAUCACCGGGAAUAACCACACCCCCUAACAGCCUGUUGUGAUCACGCCUCCAAUUCCUUUUCUUCCACAAAUGGAUCCAAGCUAUGCUCACAAGAAGAUCGUCGACUUGACCGAUGCAGAGCUCAUUGCCCUCCAGUUCAUGGGCGACA